AAUUGGUUGCCAGUAUCGAAUGAAGAACCUCCUGCUGACAAUGUGAUAGCUCUCAGAAACGAGACACUGUUCACUGUUCCCACAAACAGACUUGUUGGGCAUUCACCAGGAGCUAACUUCGACAGCAAGGGUAAUGGAGCCGCUACAACUGGGCAAAGAAUUGCUUCAGAUUCUCCGUUUCACCAGAAGAAGCUACUUGAACACCUGAAGAAAUACCAGUUUGUGUUUCCCCAUGUCUUUUCAGAGAAACAGAAAAGGAGUGGAGCCAUCCUCCCUCAGGGAAGCUAUCCAGAGCAGCUCAGCAUCUCCGUGGACUUUGAGGGAGAGGACUUAACACUGGAUCUCAGAAGGAAUAUAAUCCUUGUGCCCAGAGGAUUCCAGGUCGUGCACUAUAGUUCCAACGGAAGUCUAGUGACAGAGAUGGACACUGAACUGCAUCACUGUUACUAUGAAGGUUCUGUCAGAGGAUUUCCCGGAUCCCAGGUCUCUGCCAGUAUCUGCUCGGGACUCAGUGCUCUGAUUGUUUUCAAUCAUCGAACUUACGUAAUUGAACGCCUUGAAGGGGACAAACUUAACCGACACUUAUUGUACAGACCUGAAGAUCUCACGUCAGUACCAAGUAGCUGUGGAGUCAAAGAUACCUCUCUUGAGUUUAUCCUCAACCUUCAGCAUUCACAGAGAGUAAAAAGGGAUGUCUUCAAAGAGACAAGAUAUCUAGAGAUAGUGUUCGUGGCGGACAAUGCAUUGUAUCAGAAUUUGGAAAGUGAUAUUGAAUCUGUCAAGCAACGACUGGUGCUUAUUGCAAAUGCAAUAGAUAUGUACUACAGACCAUUUAACUUGCGCAUUGCCCUGAUUGGACUUGAGGUGUGGACUACAGACCAAAUCGAAGUUAACAAGGAUUCUUCAGAGACACUAUCCCGAUUUAUCCUUUGGAGGCAGGAGAACCUUCUACCAAGAAUACCAAAUGACAAUGCCCAGCUCCUCCUUGGUGGGAUUUUUACCGAUGACGUUAAUGGUUUGGCAAUGCUUGCUGGAAUAUGUUCACUUGACAAAUCUGGAGCAGUAAACUUGGACAGCCAGCCAAGUUUCUUGGCUGCUGCUGCAACCGUCGCCCAUGAACUAGGACACAAUCUGGGAAUGACACAUGAUACUGAGGAUCGUGGCUGUAACUGUGCCGAUGAGGUUGCAGGUUGCAUCAUGGAAACGGCAAUGGGUUUCACAUUCCCAGUAAUGUUCAGCAGCUGCAGCAAAGAUGACCUGGAGGCCAGCCUGCUUCGUGGGUUUGGGGUGUGUCUCUACAACAUGCCAGAUCUUGAUAAACUGGUUCAAGGGCAAGAGUGUGGCAACUUGUACGUGGAGAAAGGUGAAGAGUGUGACUGUGGCUCCGCUGAGGAAUGUUCAGAUCCCUGCUGUGAACCAUCAAUUUGCAAAUUAAAACCUGGUGCAAAAUGUCCAACCUCUGGCCCCUGCUGUAAAGACUGUGAGUUUCUUUCAGCAGGUACAUUGUGCAGGCCAAAAUUCGGAGAUUGUGACUUGCCAGAGUACUGUAGGGGAAAUGCCUCAGCAUGUCCCGAAAAUGUGUUUCUGAAAGAUGGCAACACAUGCAACAAUGGAAAGUUUUACUGCAACAAUGGGAUAUGUCACUCCACGGAUAGACAGUGCAAGGAGAUCUGGGGCGAAGGUGCACGGUCUGCUCCAGAAGCCUGUUAUCAAACCACGAAUAUGGGAGGAACCGAGUUUGGGAACUGUGGCAUGGACGAGCAUAAUAAUUACAUAAAAUGCACUGCUGAGCAUGCAAUAUGUGGGAAAAUCCAGUGUACUGGUGGAAGUCCAGCUCCACUUCGGGGUGGAAUGGUCCGCAUUAUAUCCACCACAAUCAGAUUUAAUCAAACCGAAUUUGUAUGCCGAGCUACUUUUUCUACGUUACCUGAUUCCAGUAGUCCUGACAUGGUUUACCACGGAACCAGGUGUCGAGCCAACAAGGUGUGUUACGAUUAUAAAUGUCAGGAUGCAUCAUUGUUUAGAGUACAGGAGUGUGACAGAGCCUGCAAUAACAGAGGGGUUUGUAACAGUAAAGGGAACUGUCACUGUGAGGCUAACUGGGCUCCUCCAUUUUGCGAAGUUAAUGGGCCAGGCGGCAGCAUUGACAGCGGACCCACAAAUGAUGCCGUGACAGCUGGUCCCGCUGAUACGUUAGCAACUGAUAUAAGUAUCACACCAGCGCUUGAGCAAAGCAUCAGUGAGAUGACAGCUGGUCCUCCUGAGAUGACAGAGCCUAAUACAGGAAUCACACCAGAGCUUGGGCAAAGCACGGGAGAGAGAACGGCUGGUCCCCCUGAUACGUUAGCAACUGAUAUAAGUAUCACACCAGCGCUUGAGCAAAGCAUCAGUGAGAUGACAGAUUCAGCUAUAUUUCCUGAAAUAACCAAUGAGCUUCAGUACAGUACUACAGUGACUCCAGGAGCCACUAAUUCAGAUACACUCGCCAUGGCACAUGUGGUGCCAAUUUUAACGAUGUCGAUUAUGGUUUACUUUAUCGCAAAUUUCCUAAGGAAGAAGGGAAUUGCUUGUUGGAAAUCAAAUGCAACAUCGACUGUUCAAUUAUCUUGUCAAUCAAGAGAUGGUGAUCGUGCUUCCACUAGCUCGCAGGAUUUGCAACCAACUACUACAGUCUAAAGCGCAACCAGAUUUAGACAAUAACCAGCAAACUACAAAGGCCAUAUUGAUAUUUUUAAAAAUUGUAACGUGAUGCUCUGUUAGCAUUCUCUGUGUAACUUUGUAUUCAAAUGCUAGAAAGUAUUGGGAAAACAGAUCUGAGGCAGUUUGAUGAAUGGAAACCUAUUUAAUCUGAACGAAGAGCCAAAUUUCCCUUCCAGGCAGUAAAUCAGUAUAAAGGAGAACAAAGCAAACAACAGAUAUUAGAACGAAUGAAUGAUUUUAUAGUCACACAUUUUACAGUGACAGAAACAGUGAAAUAUACAGUGAAAAGCUUUUCCAGUAUCACCAUGAUCCAGCCGUUUUGAAUAAUUUAAGAAUAAGGAAAAGAAUUAGGAAGAUAUAUCUUAAAGAGAAUUCAUCAGUCUUGAGCCAGGUCAUUGCCAUCACCAAUCCUCCUUCACUGCCCCCAAUCAACAUCAAAGUCACCAAACCUCUGGCACCAUCUUUCACCACUGGGCCAACUGUCCUGUGCCAUCACCUCGCUACUGUCUGCACUGGACCCUCCAAUGCCAGAGUUGCAUCUCUCACCAUUGGGCCUACCUUGAAGAUGUCGCCAUGAUGCCCUUCCUCCACUUCAGCACUGCCAGCACCAGACCCAACCAACGACAGUCUUAUUUGGCAUCACAUACUGACCAAUUAUGCUACAGUAUAUUUAUUUGUUGUAAGCUAUGGCACCAACUUUAUAGCAAGUAUAAUUGCCCAGUUAUAACUUUGUCGCUCAGUAAUGAUUUUUCCUAUCCAAGGAAUUAUAACACACCAACUCCUAAGAGCUUUGUGUGGAUCUAUUUCUUGUGAAUAUACUGACCAAAUAACAGUCAAGCUAUAUAUCAUAUAUUUAAUUUUGAUUAAAACUUACUUAUCCAUUUAGCUUAAUUUAUGUAAGGUAAAUGGUUAUGUUUAUGAACUUUAUUGCUGUAAUUAAAAUAUAGUAAAUUGCGUAAGUCCAGCUUACAGUUUUGGACAGAAAAGUAAUGUAAUUAUGAAGAAGCAUUUAUGUAUCUGUUUAUAAUGAUAAUAAUAAUUUAAAAUUAUGAUCUGCAUUAAUCACGCAUUUGUCCAUUACAUUGCUGUGCU